AACCUUACACUUCUGUUGGCCCAUCGCGCGGCAAAGACACGACCUUUGCAAUGUUCCGUGGUCAGUACCAUAUUUUGUUUUCAUCCCAUACAUUUGAUGUUUGCCGCUCUAUAGUACGUAGGUGCCGUUGUUUUAUUAUCGGCCGUAUUGUUCAGCGGACAUAUUGUAUUGUAUUGUUCUUCUGCCAUUGAGGGAUUUCCAGUUUGUUUUCUAUCAACCAGGAAAUAUGUCGGAUUUCGAACUGGUCCGGCGCCGCCGCCCAGUCCAUUGCUCCGCACGGGGUGGCGGGGAUGGAAGCCGCUUCGGGAAAUCUGUGAUGUCACUUGGAAAACUGCACGUCACGUUCUGUAGUAUAAAUACACCGACAAUGCGAUCCUCUGCCAUUCUCUGCAGAAGAACAGGACAGAACAGAACAGCAGUAUCCUCAUCAUGAAGGUGUUGGCGGUAUUCGUGACUCUGCUGUCGGUGGCUCUGGCCGGCCAUCUCUACACCCAUGGCUGCGGCAGCCCGCACUGCGGCGGCGGAGGGGCCGCCAUCCCCGUCAUUGGCGGCUGCAGUGGCCUCGGCUGUGGCGGCAGCAGCAGCAGCAAGAAGUCCAGCUUCCACUCCAGCAGCAGCCACCACACCUCCGGAGGAUGCGGCGGCGGCAGCUGCGGCGGCAGCCACACCGUGGUCAUUCCUGUCAGCUCGGGAUGCAGCGGCCCUGGCUGUGGAGGUCCGAUCGUCCCCGUGGGUUCCGGAUGCAGUGGACCUGGCUGCGGAGCCCCCAUUGUCCCAGUGGGUUCUGGCUGCAGCGGUCCUGGCUGUGGAGGCCCGAUCGUCCCCGUGGGUUCCGGAUGCAGCGGUCCUGGAUGCGGAGGACCCAUCGUUCCUGUUGGCUCCGGCUGCUCCGGCAUCGGCUGUGGAGACACUGUGACCAAGACCACCAAGACUAGCCACGCUGUGACCACCAAGGAGAACUCUCACAGCGUCACCAAGGGAACCUCGGGCUCCCUCCAUAACAUCGGCUCCGGCUUCAACACCGGACACCAGGGUGCUCUGAGCUCCGGCCACGGGUUCAGGAAGACGAGCACCCACGCGGUGCUCCCCGCCGUGGGCGCCAGUCACGCUGUCGGCGGCUCGCACGGCUUCUCCAGCUCCUUCAAGAAGAGCCACUCGAGCCACUCCAGCGGCGGCUCCCACUUCGGCGGCGGCCAGGUGGUGGCGCCCGUGGUGGCGGUAACCAAGACGUGCUCCACCUGUGGUGGCUCGCACGGGUCGCAGUUCAGCUCGUUCAAGAGCAGCUCGAUCCAGAGUUCUGGCGGUCAGCUGGGGGGAUCGUCGCUCUGCGGAGGCGGACCCUGCCACUCGAGCACACACCUCGGAUAUGGAAAGUAGACGAUGAUUUUGCAUCUUUGGUGGAUCUGUACCCCAAGGAAUGUCUUAGGAAAAAUACAUCCCGAACAUCCAGAUGAAAUAACUACUUUAGAGGUUGUAACUUUUAUGAUUCGUUUCAUUAUUUAUGUGAUGAAAUAUUACCUAUAUGAUGUUUGAAUAAAAACUAAACAUCGAGAA